AUGGUAUCGCUACCAUCUAUCCAAGUCCACCCUCGACUACACAAUAUCAACCGCGACAUGACUGAGGAGCAGGCCGCGAACGCGCUCAAGCCGUACAUGGUAACUCCCCGGCUCUAUGAGCGCUCACAGGAGGAAACGACGCUGCGUGCGAUGUACGUCCAAGUAGUCAUCGACACCUUCUUGUGCGCCGUCAUCACAGUCAUGGUAUACACGUACUGGCGCUUCCAGGCGCAGGACCGGUUGUGGACGCGCGCUCUCGUGGUCGCAGCGACCGUAAUGCUGUACGCCGUGACCAUCUACCUCCUCUGGUUUCUGCAAUACUUUCUCGUCGACCACUUCGGCAGGCACAUCACGUUCUUCGAGACCACCCACUUUGCGUGGUUCCCGAUCCUUGACUCUAUUUGUGCUACGCUGGCCCAAGGAUACGUUGCACACCGCGCGUGGCGCCUAAACGGCCGCAGCUGGAUUCUCCUGGUUGCCGUUCUCUGCUUCCUCGCCCUCAGCUUCGGCGGGGCGGUAUGGACCAAGGUCCAGCUCGACAGCUACGACUCGCUGCUGGAGGCUCUCAACGCGCGCGAGCGCCAACCGGUCACGCUCUGGCUCGCGUCGGUAAUGGGCGCGAACAUACUCCUCACCGCGUCUGUGCUCCGCGGCCUCAUCCGGAACUGGGACCAAUGGGCGCCGCGCGAAAGUUACAUUGCGCGCGGCGCACGUCUCUUCCUCGAGUCCCAGCUUCCCGCGACGGCUGUCAGUAUCGCGUUCCUCGUCCAAAUCCGGGUUGGGCACGGCAGCCUUGUGGGGAGCGCGUUCUACGGCAUCCAGAGCAACAUCUAUCUCGUUGGGUUGAUGUACAGUCUCAACGGGCGGGUGCGAUACGAGGCUGGCGAGGACUCGAGCAUGGACCUCACAACUCUGCACUCUGCUGAGAACCAGCCCAGUCAGGGCUACGAAACCGCCGCGCCCUACGUGGCGCCGUACGAUAGCCUUCCCACGAAGACAAGUACGAGAACCGCAGGCAAUACCAAGAGUUCCGGCGACAUCGAAGUUGAAGGCGCGGCGGGGCACAUGCUUCCCGCGCCUGUGGUUCACGGAGGGCGUGGCAGGGGCGAAGGGGAUCCCAGCCGCCCGCAGCUGCGCGACCGGCAGUGGAGCGUGGGGAGCACCUGGGUUGGAAGCGGCCGUACUGAGCCCAAGCCGCUGCGGCACUAG